AUGGUUAUUAGAAAGCCAGAAAUGAAACUUUUCAUGGCACAGGUAUGGACAUUAAACAGCACGAUUCCGUCUUUGAUGUCUGUUAAAAAUACAGAGAAUGACGAAGCAACCUUUUACCAUCCAUAUGUUCCGUAUAAAGUCCAGCUGGAGCUGAUGAACGCGAUAUACGACGCGGUCGACAAGGGCUACAAAGUGGGCCUAUUUGAGAGCCCCACGGGUACUGGAAAGACUCUAUCUCUGAUAUGCUCAACCAUGACAUGGCUACGAAAGAACAAAGCAACAGGAAGCAAAGUACUCAAAAAUGAAGACAGUGACGACGAGCCUGAAUGGAUCAAAGAGGCGUAUCGCAAUAAAGUAUUGGUGAAGCGAGAUCUGAAGUUGAAAGAGUACGAGAACCAUCUGGAGAAGCUGAAACUAGAACAGGCACAGAUGCCCUUGUUAGAGGUGAAAAUCCACAAGAAGCCACGUGGACACCAGAAUUCUGCGGAGAAUGAUAACAGUAGGUAUAUACCCGAGGAUUACGACGAGGCUUUAGCUAAACCGAAAGUUGCUGAUAAGCUAAGAGCAGUCAAUGACGACGUGAAAGCACUAAUGAGUGCUCUUGACACCGGGCGGGCUAGAGAAUCCGAGGAUUCCGAUCCUUCAAAUCCAAUCAAGAUUCUGAUAUCCUCAAGAACGCAUUCACAGUUGAGCCAGUUUUCAGGGCAAUUGAGAAUAACCAAGUUUCCCUCCUCCAUCCACGGCAGCGAAGAACAUCUCAAAUGCCUGCCACUGGGCUCGAGAAAACAACUAUGCAUCAAUAAAAGAGUUUCCAAAUUAACAGGAAACGAUGCAAUCACUGAAUCGUGUUUGGACUUGCAGAAGGCAGAGAACGGAUGCCCUCACUACCCAAAGCUCAACGAUAUAAAUUCCGAUAUCUUGGUGAAAAGAUUUAGAGAUUUGACCUACACAAAAGCACACGAUAUUGAAGAUCUUCAUGAUAUAGGUGCUUCACUGGGAAUCUGCCCGUACUACAGCUCAAGAAGUGCAGUGAAUAUGGCAGAGGUGAUAACUCUUCCAUACCAGCUGCUCCUCCAAGAAUCCACCAGGGAUGCGUUAUCUUUACGAGUAAAAGAUGCAAUUGUCGUGAUAGAUGAAGCUCACAACUUGUUUGACACAAUUACGAGCAUGAACUCCUGCUGUCUAUCAUACAAAAACAUUUCUGAUGCAAAAGGCUGCCUGAAGUUAUAUCUUGGAAAGUUUCAGGCGAGACUAAACGCUGGAAAUAGGAUCAACCUCGCUAGACUAUUAAAGUUUCUCAAUUUGUUAUCCGAUUUCAUUGUGAGGACAGUGAAAUCUCACAAGAAAAUACCGAUUGGCCUCAAGGUCACUGCGGCAGACAUUUUUGAAGGAACCACUGGUGAUGCGAUCAAUUUUAAUUCCCUGGUGAGAUACGUUAGCAAAACGAAAAUUGCCUACAAGAUUGAUAGUUAUCUAGAGGAGGUUUCCGGGUCCAAAAACACCUCUCACCAACCGCUAUUGUUCGGUGUGACACAAUUUAUGACCAGCAUGUCCAAUCCUUCCAAAAGUGGAAAGAUGUUUUUUGAUAAAACUCCGACCGGUGAUGUUUGCCUGAAAUAUCUGCUGUUGGAUCCGAGUGAGGCCAUGAGAGAUCUUGUAGACCAAGCUCGGUGUGUUUUAUUGGCAGGUGGCACUAUGGAACCAGUGGAAGAGUUUACCGAUAUCCUUUUUCCAUACGUGCCGAAGGAGAAGAUUAUGAAAUUCAGCUGCGACCACAUUAUCAGUAGUGAUAAACUGAGUGUUUUUCCAAUAGGUAGUGGGAUCAAUGGAGGUAGUCUGGAGUUUUCUUUUGAGAAAAGAAACAGUAUGGCUGGUGAGCUCGGAGAAACAGUGAUAUCAUUGAUCGAGCACAUACCGGGUGGAGUGGUGGCUUUUUUCCCCAGUUACGCUUAUUUGGAUCAGAUUGUGUCUCAAUGGGAGAACAGUGGAAGUUUGUCCAGGAUUACUCAUAUCAAGCCCGUUGUUAAGGAAGAAAGCUCAGAAGACGCCCUUGCUAAGUAUACUGCUCUCAUCCAUAAGCAUGGAGGUGCUCUGCUACUUGCUGUCGUCGGUGGACGACUAUCUGAGGGCAUCAAUUUCUCCGACAAUUUGGCUAGAGGCGUUAUAAUGGUUGGCCUGCCUUUUCCUAAUGCUUUUUCAGGGGAAUUGUUGGCCAAAAAAGAGUUUAUUGAACAGAGAGCGGUGGAGACCGGAAAGUCCAAAUUUGAAGCUGCUCAGAGUGCUCGCAACUAUUACGAAAAUAUUUGUAUGAAAGCGGUCAAUCAAAGUGUCGGUAGAUCCAUCAGACACAUGGGUGAUUACGCAUGCAUUUAUCUGCUGGACCAACGGUAUGGAACUGAUAGGAUCCAGGGCAAGCUCUCUCGUUGGAUAUGCAAUCGUCUGGAGAGUACGAAACCAAUGGAUGCUAGAACAGCAAUCAAGGGUACAAAGGAUUUCUUUUCAUCCAAAUAG